AUGUUUAUGAAUUCGGACUGUGAGGCCUAUGCCAACCAAAACGCAUAUCAAUCCUAUGUUUACGCUUAUCUCCUUUCCCGUAUAAUCCCAAGCAUUAAAGAAUGCGACAAUGUAUUAGACGUUGGCUGCGGAGAUGGUAAGUCCACCGAUCUACUUUACCAAACUUUAAUAACAACUAAUCACGAUAAUGAAUUCAAGGGAAGUGUUCUAGGAAUAGACUUGCUUCCACCAAUGGUCGAAUAUUCCAGGGAACGCUAUUGCUCUAACCUAAAAUCAUUGAUAUUCGCCAAAAUAGAUAUAGCCAGCGAAAACGCAUCCGAAAAUAUUCUAAGUACCAUUAAAGAAGGUUAUAUUGAUCACGUAGUGUCCUCGUCUUGUUUUCAUUGGAUCGAAGAUCAGCCGAAAGCGCUAGCUAAUCUACUUAAGGUUAUAAAUCCUGGAGUUAGUUCUAUUAAUUUGAUAUUAUACUAUGGGAUUGUAGACAGUGCAAAUUAUGCCACCGUAAGAGCUUUGAAUAAUCAAGAGUUUAGUCCUCAUUUAAAAAAAUUAAAAGAGUUCCAUGAAGGCUUAUUAUUACCAUGGAGGCGUGCGUGGAUGAUAGAGGCCGACCCUAUAAAGGCUUAUAAGAAAAUGAUGAUAGAUGUUGGGUAUAAUGAAGAUGGAAUAACGAUAGAAAAAUUAAAUGAAACUAAGUACUCCUUUUUACCUUCACCUGAAGUAGCUGUGAAUUGUAUCCAAGCUAGUUUCCCAGAUGUGUUAGCUGAAAUAGAGAAAAUGGGAUUGAAGGAAAAGUUUUUUAGACAAUUUAUUAAUAAUAUGCUCGAUUACAAUGCGAGAUAUCGCGGUAACAAACUGACGAUGUCUUUUCCAUUGAUGUAUGUUCGUUAUCAUUCAUGA